AUUUGUUUUUUUGUCCAGGGUGUGUUUUUUUUUCUGUGGUGAAAAUUGGGUUUUUGUGGGGAUGUCAGCAGCCCGGUCCCGGGCAGAACUGGUGGAGCAGUACUGCCAGAUCACUGGGAAGUCCCGUGAACACGGAGAGCGUAUGUUGGAGGCAUGCAAUGACGAUCUUGACACAGCAUUGCUUCUGGAAUUUGACAAUGACGCCCCGGAACCAGUGUUGGCACCACAACCACCGCCGCCUCCACCGCCAAGCAGACUGCAGGCGGCGGCGGUUGCGGUUGCGGCACCGCCUCUAGUUGCGACGGCGGUGACGUCGACGGAAGACGGUAUUUCAACUGUACCAACGACGUCGACAGGAACGAUGAUGAAUAAACCGAGACGAUUUGACGAUCUUUUUGCACCGCCGACGGACAUAAUGUUUGAGCGGGGAUUUUUGCAAGCCAGAGACGCUGGGACGCAGCGGAAUGUUUGGUUGUUGGUGGACGUGCAUAAUGAGCAGGAGUUUGCUUGUAAAGUGCUGAAUAGGGACGUGUGGUAUGACGAGAGGAUCAAGACGCUCAUCAGGGAGAACUUCAUUUUCUGGCAGGUACCAAUGAAGUCUGAGGAAGGGGAAAGAUUCCUCAACUUUUAUCCUGUGGAGAAGUGGCCCAGUUAUUGUGUGAUUGAUCCAAGGACUGGGGAAAGGCUGGUGACAUGGGACACCACAGAUGCUGAUGUGGUUUAUCAGCUGCUCAAUGACUUCCUGGGAGACAGGCCAAAUCCUAAUGAUGCUGAUGAGCCAAAGCAAACAGUGGCUGAAGUGUCUAAAAAUAUCAGCAAGAUUGAGUUGAAUGGGAAACCAGGAUCAACUUCUGGGAAGUUGAUGGGAUUAUCUGGCAGUUCAGCAUCUGAUGACUCUUUGUCUUCUCUGGGAGCUUUGGAAGCAAAAUCUGAUGCUUGGAAAACGUUUUUGGGAUCUGACAAAGAUGCAGUGUCUGAGCUGAUGAUCCGGGUUCCAGAUGGCAGAAAAACGGUGGUUUCAAUGCCACAUUCUUCUCAGAUUCAGGCUGUGAUAACUUUUGCGGAAUGCCUGGGGUUCCCGUCCUCGAAAUACGCCCUGAUGGCCGGCUACCCUCGUCGCAACAUCUCCGAGCUGCCGAGUGCGACGAGUCUCAAAGACGCAGGGUUCUCAUUACGUGAAACAGUGAUAGUGAAAGAAAAGUGACUUCCCCUCCUCCCCCUAGUUUUUCGCCCUUUUGCAACUCCUUUUGGUGCUUCUGAUGUUUCCUCCUCUCGAGAAGAGCCGCCAGGUGUGCCACUUGCAGGGAGAUAUUGAUGUACCUGAAGGCUGGUAGCACUGCAGGAAGUGUCCAUCUUUUGAACGCGUCCGGGAGAAGAGGCGAGGGAACUUUUUUCAAUGCUGCAAGGAUUUAUUUUUUUCUUUCAAGGUUUUGGUGCCUCCGAUUGACGUGCAAAUUUCGCUCGGGAAGGAGGACUUCAAGGAGUGCAUCAAGAUGUCGGAUUUGGGAUCCCACGCCACAGCACCCUGGAUCUGUUUGCCUACACUUAUUCCUACUGGUUCCGAAAGGGAAUCAGCGCAGCACAACUACUACUCAAGAAAGGGUAGACAAGAAACCCUACCACGCCGAAUGACUCCCCCAAAAGAGGGUAGACAAGAAACCCUACCCUGCCAAAGGACUCCCCCCCCCCCCCCC